ACGAAUAGCUUGCUGGACAGCUAGACAGUGCUUUGACGGGGAAGCAUCACAUUUAAAACAAAACCUGUAUAUUUAGACUAUAUUUUACUCUUUGUUGAAGAAGGGUUGCUGUGAGCAUUAUAUUUUUUUUAUCCAAAACAUAUUUUAGCUGUUCUUGACAGAAAUGGAAUACCAGAAAGUUACGGACGUGAGUGCCAUGUGCAACGGCAACAUAGUGUCGGAGUUAAACUGCAGGAAUGGUUUCGUAGAGUUGUCCAUUGAGACCAAGAAAGCGGCUGUCCAGCGCAUCAACGAGACCUCUCGAAAAGAGGCGGAAGAUGAGUCUAGAUUGCCCAUUUUAGAAGCAGCUUACACCACUAUCCUCAAGGGUCUAGGGGAGAAUACCGACCGUCAGGGUCUUUUACGCACUCCACUGCGUGCCGCCAAAGCCAUGCAGUUCUUAACCAAGGGAUACCACGAAACCAUCUAUGAUGUUCUGAAUGAUGCCAUCUUCGAUGAGGACCAUGAAGAGCUGGUGAUUGUGAAAGACAUUGACAUGUUUUCGCUUUGUGAGCAUCACUUGGUGCCCUUCUUUGGAAAGGUACACAUUGGAUAUCUGCCGAAUAAGAAGGUGGUCGGCCUGAGCAAGCUUGCAAGGAUUGUUGAGAUCUACAGCCGAAGACUUCAAGUUCAGGAGCGCCUGACCAAACAGAUCGCCACGGCAAUCUCUGAGGCCCUACAGCCAGCCGGUGUGGCGGUGGUCAUCGAGGCCGCGCACAUGUGCAUGGUGAUGAGGGGUGUGCAGAAGAUGAACAGCCGCACAGUGACCAGUGCCAUGCUGGGGUCGUUCCGAGAAGACCCCAAGACACGUGAGGAGUUCUUGGCCUUAACAAAGAGUGCCUAAAUCUGAUGACAUAAAUAUGACAAACAAACACACACACUCACUCACACAUGCACACAUUGACACUUUAAAGGUCAAUUUCUAAUAAAAUGAAAGAUUGAAAACUAGGUGGACCAUAAUAGUCAGGAUUUCCGAUAGUUCUUCAAAUCCAGGCAUUUUCUUUUCUAACAAAACAUUUGGAGAAAUGUGAAAUUCCCUCUAUACUUUUAAUUUGAUUAAAUAUGUAAAGCGCUUUUUGACAGUGGUCUUAAGUCCGUUAUCAAACCCCCUCCCCAUUCUUUCCUCUAUCCUGGUGCUAAGAGUCUUCCUGAGAACUCAGGGUUUCUCAGUAACAUUAACAAUGCACAUAUUUAAAACCUGUAGUAUUCAUAGGUGUAAAGAGAUCAAGCCAAGCCAAAUGUGUACAUACCAGCAGGAUUUCGCACAUACAAAGCCUAAAAGCCCUUCAGCCAUUUUGCUCUGUAAUAUUGUUGUUUGUUUACAAUACUUGGGUUUAAUUAGUAGCCUACUUUGCAGUUUCCUUCAGUCAAUUAAAAUUAGUCAUUUAGAUGUGUAGUCUUUUCAAGUGUAUGUAGACAUCUGAAGGGUUCAUUUUUUUUAUUGCUGGUACUCUAUUUUGUGAAACAUGUAAAGCACGCUAAUACAUGGUAGUGUGUGUGAACUUGCAGAAAAUGUUAUUAAUCAUUAUUCUAUCAGUUCAUGUGGGUGCAAGCCACAUAAACAGUGCCUUCUGAUUAAUUGCACACUUGUAUAACCUACCUACAUUUUACAAUGUACAAUAUGCACAAUGUAUAUUUGUACGUUUGCAUCACAACACAAACAUUUUUAUUUUGGAGCAAAAUGUGUCCUUCUGAACUGUGUGAAAAUUCCGUAAUACAGAAACUGGUGUUAUGUCUUAAGGCAUCUUAGUGUGUUUUGUAUCUUUUUAAUAUUUAUAUUUGAUGUAUUAAUUUCCUACCUCUGCAACUAGUUCCAACACUGUGAAUCAGCUGGAUUCAGCCGCAAGGCAGGAUUUAACUGACUUCAACCAUACUUCACCAACACUCAUAGCUUACGCAUGUUUAAUCUUCUGAUGAAAGGAUAUGUAUGCCCUGCCUUAAAGUUAGAUUUGUUAUACUCAAUAAGCCAUUAUGUGUAUUAUCUGACUGUAAUUUUCUGUAAUUUACAGUUUUGUGCUUUGUAU